AUGUCUCACGAAAACAAGCCCUCGCUCCAAGAAGCUAUGGAUCUCCCCUCUAGUCUGUGGGACAGCCCGGAUCCGUCACUGAAAUCAAAGAAAAAUCGUGCCUAUGGCCGAGAAGGCUACAGUCGCGGUUUACAGCAGGCCAUUACAGCCAUGGAACUUCCAAAUCCAAUCCGUUGCGCCAUCUGCAAGGAAUUUCGUCGUCAUGAGGAGUAUUCCAAGACCCAGUUGAAUUUCCUCAAGCAAGAAGCCUAUGUCAAUGGCCCUGGAAUUGUUUACGAUCAGCGCAUCGCCAAAUGUCGUACCUGUGCCCACAGUACUAUCGACGAGCUCCAUUGUUCCUCCUGUGGCCAUUGGAAAGCUGUUGAUGAGUUCUCAAACACUCAGCGCCGCGUUCAGCAGCAUCUCUGCAAACGCUGCCAAAACUGGUACCAGCAUCCGAGCACCUUGGAAGACGGCAUUGGCCAUAUGAAUGUUCUUGAAGAGGGAGCUCAACUCCCACUGGACUGGAGAAUGGACGAAGUUAGUACCAGCAAUUUGACUGGUGGGGGAAACUCCGAUGAAGGAUUUGAUGGACUGCCCCCUGCUACAAAAACGCCCUGGCUGGAUGAUGAGGGCCGUCCUCUCAUGGUGAAAGGGCGCGACGGUCUGGAAGAUAUUCCAGUCAGACAUCCAACCAAAGACACCAGACAUCUCUACCGUCCGGAGACCCUCAAGCAGCCCAGCAAGUUCGGGGCUGUCGUUCGAAGAGCUCGUGAACACUCUGAGGACUGCGAUCUACCCCUUCCCCCUCAAACCCCGCCUCCAGUUGACCCUGAUGAGGAACUUCCGCCUCACUUGAACAAGGCAACAUGGGAAUAUCUAUGA